GGCGGAGACAGACUCGCCGUGACCGACAGUAUCCAGCACUUUUUGUUGAUGAGAGGGAUAAAGCGUGCUCCUGCUUUCCAUUCAACUCAACGUCGCAGUUGCUAAAUUCACUAUUAAUAAUGACUGCUUUGAAUGCAACUUUGCAAGCAGUUGGGUUACUUUAGUUUUUCCUAUGUGGCACUCGACCGGAGAGACACACAAAGCUGGCAGGUCCGACCGGAGAUUCUGGAGCUUGUAAAAAAAGAAAAAAGAAAAAAAAGAGUAGUCUCUGCAGCAGCUAAGUUGCAUGCAAAAUAACGGCGUUCAUCUGAGGCUCCAGUUCUGAUCCGCUCCCUCACAGGGGGCAGAGUCACUUCGCCUUCGAGGACAACGAUGACCAGGAGAAGAAACUGAGGACCAGCAGCUCAAAAAGGUCGUGACCCUGCUUCGGACGGAUGUCAACCGGCUCUGAGAUUUGCAUGGGUCGUUCUCAUCAACCAAAGAUCUCCCGCGGCAGACCGAACAAACGUCUCGACUCCAGUAGAGCUCCAGCUGUCCUCAGCCUGCCUGUGGUCUGAGGGGACUUGCAUCAAAGCUACAGCCCGCUUUUCUCUCUCUGCACCUCGUGCCUUCUUUAAUCACAUUGUUCAGUUCAUCACUGAGCUCUCCAUUCUUGGUUUUGGUUCAUCACUCUGCUCCAUUAAAACUGAGCAUCCGUCAACUCUGCCCAUGGAGGACUAUGACGUUCGCUCUGCCGCCAGCAUCCUGGCCUCGGUGAAGGAGCAGGAGGAGCGUUUUGAGCAGCUAACCCGAGCCCUAGAGGAGGAGCGCCGCAACGUCACCCUGCAGCUUGAGCGGGCCAAUCUGCCACCCAACCCCGCCAUCAGUCAGCCACUGGCAUGGCAGCAAGUGGUGAUGCAGGAGCAGAGCCCCAGUAACGCCACAUCCCUGGCUAUGAUGCAGGAGCCGCAGGAGGUGGUGGAGGAGACGGUCACCAUAGAGGAGGACCCCGGCACCCCCACGUCUCACGUUUCGGUGGUCACCUCCGACGACGGAACCACGCGGCGCACAGAGACCAAGGACAUGUCAACCAAUGUGAAGGUGACUAAGAUGGUGAAGACGGUGACCACCAGAACAGUUCGGCAGGUCCCCCUGGGCCCAGACGGCCUCCCUCUGCCUGAAGGCUCAUCCCCUCUGAGCAGCUACACUGAUUCCAUCGACCGACGAUACAUGAAGAACGGAGGCGAACGCUUCAUCACACCCCAAGCAACUUCUACCCUGACCCGCGCCUACAACAACUCCUACAACGACUCGUAUGUGGAGACACCGGAGAGCCAGUACAUCCGUCACUAUGGCCUCCACGACGGCUACACAGAUUUGACGGACAACUACGGUAGCCUGUCGCGUGGCGUCAACUUCCGGCCGCCGCGCUACCCCUACAUGCCCAACAGCUACCGUCCAGAGAACAGCUACACUCUGCCAAUUAGAAAGGACGACUACGGCCAUGUGGCGCAGCCCCAGGUGCCCAUGGGCAGCAGCACAGUGGAUCUUAACCGCUCACAACCUGAGCGAUUCCAGCCCGAACCUUACGGUUUGGAGGAUGACCGUCGCAGCUUGGGGCCCGAAGAAGAGGAGCCGUACGAGCUGGAACCCGACUACUCCACUGCCAACCGCCGGACCCUGCCAGGGACGAACCGGGGCCGCACUCACAGGGAACCGCUCCGCGAUGUGCACAGGGUCAGAGGGUACCCAGAUGACCCCAUUGAGGCAGAGCUGAUUGAUGAGCGCCACCCUUACAUCCACGGUAUGUAUUCAGCACCACUUGCUCAGCCCGAGAGAGGCAGCAUGGCCAGUCUGGACCGAAUGGCCGGCCGGCGUUCACCUUCCAUCGACAGCAUUCGCAAGGACCCCCGCUGGCGGGACCCCGAUCUCCCCGAGGUCAUCGCCAUGCUGGGUCACCCCAUCGAUCCGGUGAAGUCCAACGCCGCCGCCUAUCUGCAGCACCUCUGCUACGAGAAUGACAAAAUUAAGAAGGAUGUCCGCCAGCUGAAGGGGAUUCCUGUUCUGGUCAGCCUUUUGGAUCACCCCAAAUCCGAAGUGCACCGCAAAGCCUGCGGCGCACUUCGGAACAUCUCCUACGGCAAGGACAAUGAAAACAAGGUGGCCAUCAAGAACUGUGAUGGCAUUCCGGCCCUCAUCCGUCUGCUGAGGAAGACCAACGACAUGGAGGUCCGAGAACUCAUCACCGGUACCCUUUGGAAUCUGUCGUCCUACGAACCCCUGAAGAUGGUGAUCAUCAACCACGGGCUGCAGACCAUGACCAACGAAGUCAUAAUCCCUCACUCGGGAUGGGAGCACGAACCCAACGAGGACUCCAAGCCCCGGGACGCGGAGUGGACCACCGUCUUCAAGAACACAUCCGGCUGCCUCAGGUAGGGUCCCCACCAAACUCGGUUCU